CGGGUCUGUGAGGCGAACGAUCUGCUCCUCUGCUUGGAAGAGAAGAAUAAUAUUGAGUGCUUGGUCGUUAAACAUACUUUGUUUGAAUGCUAUCAUUUCAGAUUAACCCUCGAUGAGUUAGUGAACAACAACAAAACACAGAUAAAUCUUUUAACAAUUCUGGCGGAGGAUUACCAGCAGCAUGCGGCUUCCAUAGUCGAAACUAUAGAGAAGCAAAUAUAUACAGUCCCAAAAGCUCAAAAAUUACCAAUCAUGUACGUUGCUGAUUCGAUAAUGAAGAAUAUACCAAAUAGUGAUUACAAAGAAUUGUUUGCGAAGAUAGUCGUACGACUUUUCGUCCAUGUUUUCCUAGAGGGUGAUGAAGUUGUGCGGGCAGCCAUGUACCGCCUGCGGCAAACAUGGGGUGACAUUUUCAAUCGAUCGAAGCUUUAUCAAUUGGACAUCAAAGUGAACGAAAUCGAUCGAGCCUGGCCGCUCACUGCCUUGAAACAGGGUGCAAAACCGCCUGUCAUAACGAAUUCGGCACCAGCAGUACCACCGGCAGCUCCUGCUGCAUCAUCUAUCAAGCCAAUCCACGGCAAAGUCCACGUCAACCCCAAGUUCAUUCAGAACAACGGACAAAAUACCGCGAGCGAUGACGCGCCUAAAAAGGCUAUAAAGUCAGAUGCACCGAAGAGAGUACGGUUCAAAACUGAGCUGAAGGAGCCGAAGAAGGAGCUGAUCGAUGAGCUUCUGGAUUUGCCUCCUGUCCGUCCCUGUGAUCGCGCAAUCAAAACAGAGCCAGAUGAACCCACCCCUCCAGUUCAUCAUAACCCUCAACCGCCUAAGAGGAAGGCCGGCUUAGGUGGAGGCCCUCAUAUCGAUACAAAACGAAAACGAUCUCCGCCGAAGUCACAUGAUGAGGAUCUCCGAUCAUUAGCCGCUCAUGCUACCAAGGAUACUGUCGUGAAGCCAACUCCAAUCUUGGGCUCACAUGCUUUCACUGUUCAAGCAAAAUCGUCUAUAGGGCGUGCUCAUCAACAACUUCCUCUCCCGGGACGGUCUUCGCCAACAUUACCUACUAGUGGACUGCCCAUUUCUUCCGCGAGUUCGUCACAACUUCAAGUUCCUGGGCCAAGCCUUCCUAUGCCUCCCAACUUUCAUGUGCCUUCUUCAAUACCUACACCUGGAGGUCUUCCAAUGCCUCCAAAUUACCAUCCCCCUGUUGCACCGUCGACAUCAACUCUGCCAAUGCCACCAAAUUACGUUGCUACGGCACCGUCAGUUCCUGGUCCUGGCGGGCUUCCCAUGCCACCAAAUUACGUGCCUUCUGGAAACUCCGUGCCUCAAGUGGCGCCAAUCCGAGGGCCAAAUGGUUUUCCGAUGCCGCCAGGGUAUCGUCCUCCAGCACCGAGUACGGCGGUUGUCACUCCUCCUAUACAAGCUCCUUCUGGGUCGAACGCGAUUAUAACAGCAGAAGCUCCAGUCAAACUGGAUAUCCCGUCAAACAACCGCAUUUUCGUUGAUGGAAAAGCACAUGAAGUGGAAUACGUCAAUGACAUCGCAGUUAUAGAGCGCAAUGGCCUCCCUCACAAGAUUUUCUUCGCUGGAAGCCCACGGAAUGUUAUAAUAGAUGGUGUACCGCAUUUACUACAUUUCGGGGAAUCGAAAGCAGUAAUCAUUGAUGGACAAGAACAUAUUCUCCGGUUCGGAGCGCCAAGUCGAGAACUCUACCUGAACAACUUUUCUUUCAAAGGACAGUUUGGAGGUGCACCAAUAGUUGCAACCAUAAAUGGUCGUCGACAUGAGAUCCGAUUAGCUGGUCCUGCUCCCGAUGUUAAGAUCAAUCCAGAUCCGGCCUACGAAUUGACGGCCGAGUUAAAUCGGAUUCGAGCAAACAAAAGCGAAAACAAACCAGAGCCAUCCCUGGAUCCUUUCAAUCUAUUGAAAAAACUCCAACAGAGCGGAUUCUUAAAGAAACCAGAGCCAGCUCCUGCACCAGCUCCUAGUCCAUCCACACGUGAUAGGCUUCGACAUACUGCUACAUUGUUGCGCGACACAACGCCACCAAUUCCUAGUGAGCACAGCAUCAGCGUGGUGGAAAGACGGUCGGUACCUACAGCACCGUUGAAGGAGUUCAAUAUGCGAACACUCAAAAUACGCUAUGAAAGCGUGGUUGAUGCGCUCCACGAGAAGCAGCAGAAUGCGUGUCCACACUGUGGUCAACGAAUGGAGCUGCGGGGUGAGCGAUACGAGCGGCAUCUUGACUGGCACGUGAAAAGGAAUCUGAAAACAUUCGAGAAAACGAGCUCAAGUCGACCGUGGUAUGCAAGCAGUAAGGAUUGGCUGAAAAGUGAGGAAGAGGAGGAAACGGGCGUUAGCGUGACAAGUGGCAGUGCUGAAACUAUGGAAGAAUCUGUGCCAAUAAUAUCGGUUUCCGCUCGAGAAGCCGUGAAUAAGAAUUGCGCUGUGUGCUGUGAAGAAUUCGAAGAAUAUUGUGAUGAAGAUGACGAUGGUGUAUGGAAGCUCAAAGAUUGUGUUAUAGUUAAUAAUCAGGCAUAUCAUUCUGCUUGCGUUCAAGAUGCGUCGGUGUUAGAAGACGUACCAUCGCAAGAAGCAACUGAUACAUGUGAUACAAAAUGUGUUGUACAGGAUAACAAGCUGUUAAAUAUGUUGAAACCUACACAAUAG